GCGUAAUUCACCGUCACCGGAUUAUACGGAGCACACACUCUCUGUCUCUUUCUAUCAUAUACUUCCCUCUCCCUGAUGUCUCCCGAGGAAACCCCCGCAUUCAACCUGACCGACCUCGAUCGUCAACUCUUGACCCAAACAGACGAUGAAUACAUUCCCCAUGACUGGGAAGAUCUCAAGGCCAUUGUCGCAAUCAACGACCCCUCCAAGUUCAAGCGGAAACCUUCCGACCUAAUCCGCUACCUCGCCUGGUCCAAAGACGCCAAAGCCCACUACGGCUCCAUCACAAACUACAUCUGCCAGCGUCGUCUACACUGGCAUCUCCCUACCCAUACUACUUCUAGUACGACCACAGACAGCGAACCCGUCUUCCCCUUCAACAACCCCACCCCCUUCGCCGACCCCGCAGACUACAAGAUCCUUCGCAAUGACUGGCCCUACGGCAUGGAGCCCGGCAUCGUCCACCUCGUCGUCUGGCUGCGGACCCCCGUCCCGGUGGAUUCCGUCACCGGGGAGGUGACCCCCGAGAGUCGCGCGCUGAUUGAGGACUUUGUGGCGCGGACGUUUGUGGCUCGGUUGGCGCUGGAGAAGAUCCCCGCGCCGGAGGAUCACGUGCUGUGGUUUAAGAAUCCGACGGCUUUGCAGAGCGUGCGCAGCUUGGAGCAUGUGCAUGUUUUGGUCAGGGAUGUGCCCGAGGAGAUUCUGGCGGAGUGGACGGGGGAGAAGCCGCCGCUGAAUUGA